CCCCCCCCCCUCUCUCUCUCUCUCUCUCUCUCUCUCUCUCUCUCUCUCAAGGACUGCUGAUCUGUCAUUGAGCAGGUUGCAGAGAUGGGGCUCUGCUCUUUAACACAUCAGAUCGACGCUUUAAACAUCCUCAAUGAAUUGCAAGCUCACGCGACGGCCAUAAAUAGAGAUGGCGAGGGUCCGUGUUCAGGGGCUGUACCGGGCGAUGUGAUGAAGGAGCCCCGCAAGCUGAAGACGAUCGCGGAGAGAGCGCGAGAGAGCUGCAUCACGCGACUGCUCGAGAUUCUCACGCGCCUCAUUUCUAUUGAGGAAGACUUAAUUAAAGAUGCGUCUUACGGAAGGAGAUUGCUUAAGCGUAAGGACAGUGUUGACCUGAAGAACAUAUGCUUGAGAAUGGCUGUUGCAGAAGGUGGUUCUCACUCGGACAGAGACUUGAGAGAACUUCGGGACUGUCUUCGACUUAUUGUGGGUAACCUACUCACAUUUGUGCGAGAGGAAAACAAUCUCUCAUCCACUGAAACAACUCUCAAACUGAGGGAGCUUUCAAACUCCUUCCCUGAUAUCUGAAAAUUAGUAGAUUUCACUUUGUGAAUUUAUAAGGAACAUUCUCAGAGGAAAUCUAAAUAAACAGACACUACUUUUUUUCUAAGGAAAUAUAAAAUGGCAUGAACUAUCUGUGAAUCAUCUCAUUUUUGAUAAGUGUGAUGCUUCACAUUCUGGUUGAAGGUGUUGAUCUUCACGAGGAGUGUUUUUUCAUGAACGCUGUCUGUAGAAUUGUCAGUACUCAAGCCUAAGAACAACAUUCUCUCGUACAUAUCAGUAUCAUGUGUCUGUGCUCAGCUGACUACAAGUAAAACAAGUCCAAUAGAUGAUGAUGGUGGUGAAUUCACUCUCAGCUCAGCGGGUGGGAUGGCUGUCACACCUCGGGGUGGGCUGGUGUGGCCGCCCUUUGUCACCUGCUAAAAAGAAAGUGUUAAGGAGUGAAUUGGUUGGGGAGGGUGUGUGAAGAUAUGCAUCUGUAUAUGUGCAUUCCAGUGUUAUGACAUCACAGUGUAAUGAUGUUCCAAAUAAAAUCAUUUUCAGUGUUACAACAAA